AUGGCUCAAGAAUUAACUCAUCCUGCAAUCAAAGAUGGUUGGUUUGCUGAAAUCUCCGAUACCAUGUGGCCAGGUCAAGCCAUGUCUUUAAAAGUUGAAAAGGUUCUUCACGUUGAAAAAUCCAAAUACCAAGAUGUUUUGGUUUUCAAAUCUACCACUUAUGGUAAUGUUUUAGUUUUGGAUAAUUGUAUUCAAGUCACUGAACGUGAUGAAUUCUCUUAUCAAGAAAUGAUUACUCAUUUGGCCUUGAACUCUCACCCAAACCCAAAGAAAGCUCUUGUCAUUGGUGGUGGUGAUGGUGGUGUUUUAAGAGAAAUCUUGAAACACGAAUCAAUUGAAGAAGCUUGGCUUUGUGACAUUGAUGAAACUGUCAUUGAAGUUUCCAAAAAAUACUUGCCAAACAUGGCUAAAUCUUACGAUGAUCCAAGAACUAGAGUUCAUAUUGGUGAUGGUUUCAAAUUCUUGGAAGAAUACAAAAAUCAAUUCGAUGUUAUUAUCACCGAUUCUUCUGAUCCAGAAGGUCCAGCUGAAUCACUUUUCCAAAAACCAUAUUUCCAAUUAUUGAAAGAUGCUUUAACUGAAAAAGGUGUUAUCACUACUCAAGCAGAAAACAUGUGGAUUCAUAUGGAUAUCAUUUCUAAAUUGAAGAAAGAUUGUAACGAAAUCUUCCCAGUUGCUGAAUACGCUUACACUAUGAUCCCAACUUAUCCAUCUGGUUCAAUUGGGUUCAUGGUUUGUUCUAAAGAUCCAAAUGCUAAUGUAUCAAAACCAAUCAGAUUUGAUUGGAGUGAUGAAUUUGUGGCCAAGAACUUGAAGUACUACAACAAAAAGAUCCAUGAAGCUGCAUUUGUUUUACCAACCUGGGCCGAUCAAGUUUUGAACAAAAAGGACUAA